AUGGCAGCUUCUCUAGGCCGCGGCCCGCCCUGCCGCGUCGUCAGCCGGCCACCUCCUCUCACCGAGGGUUUUUCGAGGAAUCGCCUGGGAUUGGAUAAUCGGCUGGGAGUGGAUAAUCGGCUGGGGCUGCGGGGCCAAGACGCGGCAUCAUCACUUCCUGUUGUGGGCAGGCGUUUCCUGUCGCUGCUUGGUAACAAUGGGGAAGAUAAUGGCUGCCUGAGCAACGUCUCCGAGCAGGCGCUGGGCUAG